AUGAGGGUGAAAUUUCUGGGCUCUGACAUUGACCUUGAAAUAUGGUGCGGUGAUGCGUUUUAUCUCAAACAGCUGCCAGAGGGCUCAUCGGACGAAGACCGAAAUAACCCUAGGAUACGGUGGGAUUCGCGGCCUGAAUUCAGAGGUGGGCAAGUGUUAGUUGAUGCCGUUUAUUGCGACCAUGAUAAAGACACGGCGGCGUACGAGCUAGAUUAUUUACACGGCUGGGACCGAAGAUUGAUUAUGGUUAUGCUCUGCCCAGAUGCAUUGAACGAACUGGUGGAACAAGGGGGGGGGGAUUUCAAUCGCCCCCUAUCAGAACUCCGCCAGUUGACUCGUCCAUAUGACAACGACAAAGAUGCGAUAAAACUAGACUCGGUACCGUGGUCUAUCGGCGCGCUCUUGCUUCAUGAAUUCUCCCACUCACUCUACGUUCAUCCUACCACGAGCCUUGAGCACAAGGGAACAGACGAUUAUGCGUAUGGCUGGAAAAAUGUUGUUGCUCUCAAGGGAUCACGGAUGGGCUGGGAGAACGCAGGUACGUUUAUACAUCAUGUCGUGGACUUGGUCUCGUUAUAG